GAUGACAUCACAGCGGCGUGCACGUCGCAUAAGAAUAACAAUUUUCCCGCCUUUCUAGGAGUUGGAAGGCAGGCUGGCGGCCGCGGUGACGGCGUGAGACUGCUGUGCGUGUCCGAAACACUGGCCCAACCGGCCAUAUAUUUUCGUCGACGCUCGCCGGUGCGCGCUUAGAAUUGAUCGCAUAACGAUGCUAUAAACUUCGCCAAUGAACUACCAGUUAGUGGGCGCUGUGGGUAAUAUAGAAACGGACAAGUUGUGGUAGUUGUAGAUAGCCUAGGACCUGUGACAAUGUAACAAAAAGUGUGGUGGAUGUGAGGUGAUGUGAUGGUUGGGUAUUGGAGCACAGAGGGUCAGGAGAUACUUCACGCGACCACCUUGCCUUAUGUCUGUGACGAACCCACUGACGUCACCGUUGUUGCCCGCGUUUUGAGCAGAGGCGUACAAAGUGUGUUGGCGUUUUCUCUCGACGGCCGUACCUGCGGCGCACAACACGCGGAGCAGGAGCGUUCAUUCAUGCCGCGACCGUUUCGCAGCGCGUCGUUACUCGGACCCAAGUUGUUGUGCGUACAAAGUGGUGACCAUUGGUGGUGGUGCGACGGCGACAACCCAAAGUGGUCCAAGUUACCAGUGAAUUGUUAUGCUCGCAGCGGGUGCAAGGGUUCGCGGUGCGGCGCGCCAUCAACAUGUUAACACUCACGAUGCGCCGCGAACACGAGGACGUGCGGAAUGACGCCGGCGGCGGCAGCGGAUACGCCAGGCAGCGAUCGCGCGAGAGUGCAACAAGUGGUGACGAAUUUGUGGAUAUCCUGCAGGUACAACAGCUGCUGUUAGAUGGCAGCGCCGGAGGGGUUGGCAAUGGGAUUGCCCGAGCGAGGAAUCCGCGUGGCGGCGCCGGAAACUACGGGGUGAGUGGUGCGGAGCCGCCCCGCGGACGACUUCUGGACUUUGCCGCCAAUGCGCCGCCUUACUACUACGGCGGGUACGGCCAUCAUACACCGCCGACGACCAGCGUGGAUGAUUUGGUCGCGCUUUGGUUUGCGGGACCUUCAGGUUCAGGCGGGACGACGCCGGCGGCGAGUCUCCCGAAUCCGGCGGCCACGAUGAUCAUGGACGGCUUGGACACGCUGCCUCCCCAGCACCAUCAUCAUCAUCACGCUUCGGCGUUCCUCAUCACCGAGUCGGCGGCGGCGGCCGCCGCGCACCACUUCAACGUGCUCAGCUUCGACACGUGUCUCUAUAAGGGCACCGGCAGCGUGGUCGAAAGCGGCGGCAGCCCCGUGCCGGCGGUAACUUGCUCCGCCAUUGAGGAGCCGAUUCCCUCCGAGCCGCAACCCGGCGAUCUCAAUACCCCGGUGACGACGUCCAGCGACAUUCCGUCGUUUUUUGGACCGUCCACCGUCGUCGAACCACCACCGAUUACUGGUUCGUUGGAUACCGAAGAAUUAUCGCUGGAGCAGACGAGCAGUCCGGCACGGCACUCGCCGAGCGUCUGUAGCCAGGUAGGCGAGCGCGGCACCCCGCAGGAGAGUGCGAUUAGUCCUGGCAUGCACGAGGAGGACGCCACCAACGGCAGCACACUCAGCAGCAUGUAUAGUAACAAUCACAAUAACGGCGCGAAAAUGCUGCACCGAAACACGGUGUAUACGUCCGAGCCCAGUCCGAGUCUGGCGGGUAACAUGCAGAUGGGUAGUCCGCUGGGGAUGUCAAACCAGGAUAUGCACUCUCCUUCGGCGGUCAAUCCAUGGCUUUUAUCGGCCGGCGAUAAACCACUGUAUCCUGCAAUGUACGGUUUGUUGGGACAGAGUGGUGCGGCACAAUCGCCACAGCAACCGCAGCAGCAACCGCAACAACAACAGCAGUAUCACUCGACAACGCCGAGUCCUGCUGGCACGCAAUAUGAUGAUCGCUCUCAGACUGACCAGCUGAUGCUGAGCAUGGAGUGCAGUACGAAUAUUGCCCUCAAACAACCCCCACCCUCAUAUACGAGUUGCUCCACUGCGACCUCACUUCAAUUAGACAUGCAGCAGGAUUUGGUGUAUUCGCGAGUAGGUCAACCUCUUGUGGCAAGCACCGGGAAGUAUCAAUGGGACACGCAAGAGUACACUCCACAGGUGACAAGUACUUUGAUUGUCCCAGGUGCUUCACCGCUUAUUCCCAAGCAGGAACCCUUUAGCUCCGGUUGCGCGGGUGACUUAAAUCAACAGGGCUCGACCGGGUACAGCGUCGCGUUAGCUGAGUACAAUCCUUCAACAAGUAAAGGUCACGAGAUCCUUUCACAAGUCUAUCAGCAGUCGCCGAUUCCGCUCAAGUUGGUGCCGGUGAAGCCGCGCAAGUACCCGAAUCGACCCAGCAAGACACCGGUCCACGAGCGGCCGUACGCAUGCCCCGUGGAAAACUGCGACCGCCGCUUUUCGCGCUCCGACGAGCUCACCCGGCACAUACGCAUCCACACCGGGCAAAAACCGUUCCAGUGUCGCAUCUGCAUGCGCUCGUUUUCUCGCUCUGAUCAUCUCACGACGCAUAUACGCACACACACCGGCGAGAAGCCAUUCUCGUGCGAUGUGUGUGGAAGGAAAUUUGCGCGUAGUGAUGAGAAGAAGCGACAUGCCAAGGUGCAUCUCAAACAGCGCAUUAAGAAAGAGAACAAGAUGAACGCACAACAACAACAACAGCAACAGCAGCAACAACAGCAACAGGCGUCGCAGCAACAACAACAACCCCAACAUCAUCACCAUCACAUGUUGCCCCAUCAACAACAUCACAUGCAUUCGAUGACCAGCGAUGAUGGCGGCCUUGCGUUGCCCGUGGUGACUACGACCCUGUGAGAAUUGCCCACCGCCGAGCUGGCACCCGGCGAAUGUGUUCUCUUCAUCCGCGACGACUGUGAUCUCGACACCGAGAGCGCUCGGCUGAUUUACGUGCGCAUCGAGUAAAAAGCAUCGCGAAUGCAUAUGACAGUGUUAAACGCCACGCGCAAAGACAAACACGCAAGUAAGUCGCGUCCAUCUCAAUUUAGUGAAUCACUUAAUGCAUUAAUUACUUCCCUUCAACACAAAGUCAACAUUAUCUCCUUGACCUUUGGUAUUUUUUUCGCGAAGAAGAAAACACAAAGGCAGGUGUGGCAAUGUGGUAUAUUGCGCGACCUGAUAAAAGAAACCCCAUUGAUCUCUUCGUACUUUGUUGUGUGGUAAAGUUAUAUGAGUAUAUAAGUGACUGGCCUUAGUGCGCCCGUAUCGUGUGCCAUUUGUAAUUUGCGUCGAAUUGGAACCCCGAGAAACAAACACACAAAUUCUAGAUAGAGAAUGACGAAUCGAUUUGUUGUUGCCAUAUUGUUAUAAUAAAGUAGGAGACGUUAGCAGGGAGGUGACAAAAAGCCAGUUCUUUUUGUAGACUGACACAGGUAUUAAACAAGAUAAGCAAAUAGGGAGCUUAGGCAAUCAUCAGAAUAAACUACGAGCAGAACAUUUUCUAAGAUUUGUAAUUGUUAGGCCAAUUAGAUGCAAGCAGAAGAAGCAAAGAAUUAAUUAAAAAUUAAUCUGGACGUGUUUUCUACAUACAUAAAUAUUGAUUGAACAUUGUUGUUGAUGUGUCUAAUAUUUUAUCGUGGAACAUGCACAAAUGAAAAGGGUUUUAGAUGACGAAUGAAUUUUAGCGAAUAGAAACGAAAACCUUAACAAAACGGCUUUAAUUAUUUAAUAAUACGAAUAACUUUACUUGAUAAUAAAUUGUUUAUUAUUUUAUUGAGAAAUUAAUAUAAUCUAAAAAAUUGUUGCCAAAUAACAUUAUAGAGAUUUAAAAAUGAUUGUUUUCAUAUUUUUGGUGCAUGACAUUACAUUCCGUACUAGUUUAAUUAACAAAUGUUAUUAGAAGUUAUAUUGUUGGACAUUUCACACCGGAAAGAUGCAACUUUUUUUUUUUGUAUUUAACGAAUCAAAAUCUUAAUAUGGCUUGUGAUAAUGUAAAAGCUAAUUUUCCAUAUAGAAUUUCAGUUUUUGAUCGAAUCGAAGAGCACUUGUCAAUAAUUCAUAUAUAGCGCAGAAAGUAAAUGUUACGUAGAUGAAAAUAGUCAAUGAAUGUCACGAGUUUAUAGAAAUAUGGGUUCCUGUUUUUUAUUAACUAUUUUUUAUUAUUUAUAAAGAAACUAUUUUAAUGUCUCAGACAAAAGGCACGCAAAUUAUAACAAAACAUACAUAUCUUGCAGUAUUAAAAAUUUUCGCAUACAAUUGUUAAUUGGUGGAACAGUCAGGGACAAAUUUCAAACGUUUUGAAACUGCUAAAUGUACUUUUCCAAAAAUACGUUGGAAUCAAGGGUAGAAAAAUGAAAUUUUUGCCUUAAAUCAUGUGUCUUUUGUGAAGCGACGUGAGGACGAGGCUCAAGAGAUAUUUUAACAGCAAAGUUACCAACGCUAAAUGCCUCCAAUUAAACAAACAAACUGAAAAAAAUUGUAGAAUGUGAAGAGCACAAAACCAGACAGAAAAUUUACAUUUGACACAAAACGCUCUCUGUUUUUACUAAACUCUGAUCACCAACAAUUUACUUGUUUAGCUGAGCUUUUCUACUAAUCACACAAAAAUGAUGACUUCGAAGGCCUAAAUCAUAUACUCGAACAUUUGUGAAGCGAUUUUGUUACGUGUGCAUGUUAUGAGUGUACAUAAAAAAAUCUUUAUGAUGAGAUAAAACAAGAAAUGUUAUAAACAUUUGAUUAUAAAUAUUGUAAUAUUGUACAUAGUAUUAUUUUUAAUUUAAAACAAUGACCUUUGGUAUAUAAAAUAAUGAAAGAAAGAAAGAAAACCCUAAAACUACUUUUAAUUGUCAUAAUGGUCACCUAUAUGGACUAUGAUGAUGUGAUGAACUAAUUGUAAAAAAUAUUUUAUGGCGAUAUGAAGCAAAAGAUAAUGAAAAUAAUAUUGUUGAACACUA